AUGGACGAGAGCUCAUGGAAUCCAAACAUCAGAGCAACUGUUUAUUUUAUAGGACUCGCAUACUCAUUCCUUGGUGUAGCAAUUGUUAUGGAUAUCUUCAUGUCUUCCAUAGAGUAUAUCGUCAGCAAGAGGAAGAAGAUGUAUACCUUACGAGAAGACGUGGCGGAGAAGCUGCAGAAGAAAAUAUGGGACGCCGUUGUUGCUAACCUGACCCUCCUCUGUUUGGGAACUUCGGCUCCUGAAGUUUUCCUCUCCAUCAUCGAAGUGGUCGGCCAUAACUUCGAAUUGGGCUACAUCGGCCCAGGAGCGAUCGUCGGGUCGGCAUCGGUCAACCUUCUCAUCAUCGCCUUUUGUAAUUUUGCUCUCGACGAUGGUGAAGUCGCAAGCAUACAGAAGUACGCGGUCUUCUCCUUUACGGGCUUGUUCAGCGUGUUUUCUUUCCUUUGGAUCUACAUAAUCUUGGCCAUCUCAUCAAGAGGAAUCGUGGAGCUAUGGGAGGCCUGUCUUACUUUUACUUUUUACCCGAUACUUGUUGCAGGAGCAUAUAUUUUGAACAAAAAAAUUCAGUUACGGGCUCCAUUUGUUAAUUUUUGGAGGGGUGACGAAGGUGAGAAGGAGAUUGCUGAGGCGACGUUUUUUAAGGACGGUGUCUUGGACAAACAAAGCCUUGUUAUGUUCUUGAAGGAAAUAAAGAGCUACCCAGGAAUUACAAUGAAGGAAGCGGCCAUACUCGCUGCAGCUAAGCUCGUAGAAUCAGAGCCGCACUCGUUUCUUUGGUACAGGAUGGGCGGGGUAAGGGAGCUCUCUUCAGGAAGGCCACUGCAGCAAAGGCUGAAUAAGCAUCUCAAAGAGGUUUUAAAAAUCGCUAUUGAUGCUAAGGUGGGAAGGGAGUCGUCUAUGGCUGACAUCAGACUUUCCACCCCAGACAACGUGAGUGCAGUAGUGGAGUUCGCAACGCCUACUGUAGCCGUUACAGAAAAUGCUGGCAGAUUCCCAAUAUUUCUUAGUAGGCGUGGUAACGUUAAUACCGUAGUCUCAGUAAGAGUUCAAUCCAUGGACGGGAGAGCAAAGCACGGAGAAGAUUACGAUCAGGUGAAUGAAAUAAUCCAGUUUAGUAAGAAGCAAAUACUUGCUGAGGUCAAUAUAAAAAUCAUAAACGAAAGGAAGUACGAACCGACUGAGGAGUUUUUCCUACGCCUAACUGCAAUUUACUCAGCAAGUUCUACAGUGAAGAUAGGACCUUUGUCCAUCAUGGAGAUCAAGAUUAUUCACGAUGAAAGCCCAGGAGUAAUCCAGUUUGAGAAAAGAGGAUACGUGGUGGAUGAAUCUGUGGGAUUGGUCACUUUAUUCUUGGAGAGGUUCCUCGGUGCCGAUGGUGAGGUGGGGGUAAGGUGGCGGACCUUCGAUGACACUGCCAUAAGCGGCAUAGAUUACGAAGGAGGUGAAGGACUGGUCAAGUUCCUGCACGGUGAGGUAAAGAGGUUCUUUAUGAUCCGGAUAAUCGAUACGAUGACGGAAGAGAAAGACGUUCGAUUCAAUGUGGACCUAUAUGAUCCUCUGGAUGGAGCAGUUCUGGGGGACAACAAGAGGACGACGGUUAUAAUAACCGAUGAUGACAAUAUCUGGGACUACUUAGACAACGUGAUGACCCUCACUAAGAUGAAAAUGGAGCAAUUUUCACUACACAAACGAAACUGGUGCAAACAGAUCAAGGAGGCUAUGAUGGUCAACGGAGGUGUAGAACCGGCUACCAACAUGGACUUUUUUCUGCACUUCCUGUGCUUCUUCUGGAAGGUAACGUUCUCAUUAAUACCCCCUCCAGGUAUUAUGGGUGGAUGGCUACAGUUUUUCACCUCAAUGUUCAUGAUAGGCGUCAUGGCGACCCUUAUUGGAGACAUGGCUGCCAUUUUUGGUUGUGUCGCGGGCAUAGAGGACACUUUAACAGCCUUGCUGUUGGUUGGAAUAGGAACAUCAUUACCUGACAUCUUUGCCUGCUUGAUUGUGUUGAGGCACAAAAAAUCUGUGGACGAGGUGAUUGGCAACAUCAACGGUACCUGUUCUGUCAACUUGUUCGUCGGCCUCGGCGUUCCGUGGACAAUGGCAGCCACCCAUCAUCAGAUUCAGGGAGACUACUUCAAGGUACCAUGUGAGCAUUUUGCUGGAGUCAUGGCUCUGUUCAGUACUUGUUACCUCAUAACCUUCAUUAGCUUGGUCAUCCGUAGGCACUUGAAGUUCUUUGGUUACGCAGAAAUAGGAGGAUCGAAGAAGGCAAGAUUCAUUACGGCAACUUUCUUUAUUCUCCUCUACGCUACGUGCAUUGCACUCUCCACUUGCAUCAUAAAUGGAUAUUUGACUUUCCAACUCACAUAA